AUGACCGAAGAUAAUAACUCGAAGAAGUGCGUAGUGAUACAGAAUGGUACGAAUACCACCCUUGCUGGAUUUAACAACGUGGAUCUCCCUCAAUGCGUGAUUCCCACUGUUUACAUUCAAGAUAAUUCCACACAGAAGAAGAUAUUUGGUAAUUUUGAAUUGUUGGACAUUGCAAGUUCUAGAUCUAACGAUGAUGCCGGUCGUUAUGAAGUGUUCACGAUUUUUGAUCGUAAUGGGUUACCAUACAAUUGGGAUGCGUUGAAGGAGCAAUGGGAAUAUAUUUAUCGCGAAGUUUUGAAAUGUAACAGUGAUGAAUAUCCUCUUGUUAUUACGAUCCCCUCCGCAAAUAAGGAUGUGGAUGAAAUUAUUCUGAAGAAAUAUUUUGAGCUGGCGUUUGAAACGUUCAAUGUCCCCGUUUUACAAAUUAUCAUUGAACCUUUAGCCGUAGCGUUAUCCUUGGGUAAGAGUUCAUCAUUAGUGGUUAAUCUGGGAGCAUCUGGUUGUAAUGUGACGCCUAUUGUGGAUGGUACAGUUAUUAAGCAUGCUGUUAUGAAAUCUAAAUAUGGUGGUGAUUUUCUCGAUUUCCAAAUUGUGAAUAUUUUGCAAGAGAAGGGGAAACUGGAGUCCGGAAACACGAAAGAUUCCGUGGAUAUUUGGUUUGAUGCUAACACAUGGAUUAAAGAGUUUAAAUCGACGAUGUUACAAGUGACAGACAAGCCGUUACAGGAUGUGAAGAGAUAUUACCAGGAUCAAACGGAUAUGUAUAUUAAACAACAUGAAGAGAUACAACAAUAUAAUAGUACGGUGAAGGAUACGUCGAAUGCUAGUGCCAUUGCCGCAGCAAGUGCGGCCAAUAAGACAGCGAUUGAUACCAUCAAGAAUAACAAUCCGAUGAGACAAAAGAAACAUUUCUUGGUGAAACCAUUAAAUAAGACGAUUACAUUAGAAGCUGAAGAUUGUUAUGAACUUUCAGAAUAUUUGUUUCAACCGAAAUUAGCAUCAGAAAAUUUCUUAAUUGAAGAUGGGUUAGGUGAAAUUAUAGCUAAGUCUGUCAAGAAGGCUGCGGCCACUGUAAGUUCCAUUGGUACCAGCAUUGAUGGUGGUAAUAUGGGACCUUCUAUGACAUCUAUGCAUAAAUCUGGGAAUAGUGGUAGCAUACAGGGGAACGCGACUGGAGGAGCCACUACGAUCAAACCUGAACAGGUAUAUUCUAAACUAUUAAGUAACGUUGUUAUUACUGGUUCGUGUUCGUUAAUUGAUGGUAUGGAACAACGUAUACUGAAGGAGUUAUCUAUCAGAUUCCCACAGUACAAAUUGACGACGUAUGCCAACCAGAACGUAAUGGACCGAAAGUUUCAAGGAUGGUUGGGCGCGAUGACGAUGUCCAACUUACCGUCGUGGGAGUUGGGAAAAUGGUACUCGAAGCAAGAGUACGAAUUGGAGAGAGCGGACGAGUGA